AUGACUGAACUACUAGUUAUCAGUGGACCAUCAGGGAGUGGAAAGAGCACCCUCCUUCAAAAGCUGUUUGCCAAAUAUCCAAAGGCUUUUGGUUUCUCCGUCUCUCACACAACACGCAAACCCCGUCCAGGCGAAGAAAACGGAAAAGCCUACCACUUUGUCACCCGGGACGAAUUCAACGACCUCAUCACCUCCUCCACAUUCAUCGAACACGCCGAAUUCUCAUCAAACCUAUACGGAACAUCCAAAAACGCAGUCCAAACCGUCAUCGCCAAUGGCCAGAUAUGUGUCCUGGAUGUAGACAUGCAAGGUGUUAAAUCCAUCAAAAGCGCUUCCAUACCUGCGAAAUUCAUGUUUAUAUCGCCACCGUCACUUGAAGCAUUGGAGCAGAGGUUACGUAGUAGGAAUACAGAGACCGAAGAGUCGUUAGCAAAGAGGUUGGGUGCUGCUGGUGCUGAGAUGGAGUAUUCGAAAGAGGAGGGGGCGCAUGAUAUUAUUGUUGUUAAUGAUGAUUUGGAUAAGGCGUAUUUUGUUAUUGAGGAGUGGAUUAAGGCCAACUGGAAUUUGCCUGAAGAAACUGCCGAAACACAAGCUGCAGAGACAAAAGCAGAAGAAACAGCUGCUCCCGCCCCAGUCGCACCAGAUACUCUUUCACCCAUUGGCAGUCCUCAAGCUCGUAGGAAACAUUGUAUCGUGCAAUAA